AUGGAAGACUACCGGCAAUAUCUGGCUCAGAAGAUCCUGACCGAGGAUCAAGUCGUCACAUACCGACUGUUGAGUCGUGCUUUGAAGGUCCACGUCAACACCGCAAAGGAAAUGCUCUAUGAGUUCCACAAGUGGCAAAAUGACAAGCGACCAGGGACGCUCCAUGCCACCUAUCUGGUGUACGGUACCAAGUUAAAGGUCGAGCAGCAGGAUGGAGAUGUCGAGAUGACCGACUCGCAAACGUCCGAGGACGUCCAUGUCCCCUUCUCGGAUGAGGUGCCCACACACACGCUCUCUCUUGUCAAGGAGGGGGAACUUCAAGAGGCAUUGGCACUGUACGUUGAGGUCACGUCGAUACAUGUCUACAGCCUAGCACCACACCCACUCAAGGACCUUCAACUCCUAGCCGACACUGCGAGGCAGGUACUUGAGCUAUCGUCUGGGGAAGAUGCCAAGGUCUUUGGCGCAAUUGCCAACCCGAACGUUCGCAAAAGAGAGCGCCGUGCUGGGUCCAAACCUGCUGCAAGUGCAUCUGCCCCCAAGGCCGAGCCCAAACCGCCGAUCAAGAAAGAAGUAAAGCCUACUCCAACACCUGAUGUGAAGGAAGAAACGAAAGCAGCAACGCCGAAGGGUCCCAGGGAAAUGUCGGCGUCUGCGUCUGCACCUGCUAAGAAACCUGCGAACGCUGCUACGCUGAAGCGACAAGGAUCAUCAAACAUUGGACAGAUGUUUGCCAAAGCCGCAGCAAACCCCAAACCCAAGAAGCCAGCGGCUAAAGUCCCCGUCUCCAAGUCAGCAGCAACAUCCACGCCAGCCAGCGGUGCCGAAGACACUGCCAUGUCUGAUGAUGGCGAGGAUGAUGCGGAACCGGUGGCAGACGUCAAACAAGAAGAGAGUGGCGUCCGGCAGGCACGAAAGAAUCGCCAAGCCGAGCUACAGCGCAUGAUGGAGGAGAGCGACGAUGACGAGCCCGAGAAGGCAGACAGUCUGGCCGAGGAAUCCAUGGAGGACGAACCGCCCGCGCCGGAGCCAGAGACGAAAACAGAGGAGCCUGCCGAGGUCGUCUCGAGCGCGAGUGGCGGUCGGCGCAGGGGCCGACGUCGCGUCACCCGAAAAAAGCAGAUCUUGGACGAGCAGGGCUAUCUCGUGACGAUCCAGGAGCCGGGCUGGGAGUCGUUCUCGGAGGACGAGGCGCCUCCGCCGCCGAAACCGAAGGCUCAGCCUGUCAAGACGGAGCCGGCUGCGAAGCCCAAGAAGGGGGCGGCCAAGGGCCAGGGAAACAUCAUGUCCUUCUUUUCGAAGAAAUAG